AAUGGAAUUACAUCCCAAGCAAAAUAACAUGGAUGUGUAUAUGAUAAUCUUUAUAUUGAGAUUUAAAAAGAAAGAAAGAAUGAAUUCACUUUUAACGAGGGGAAAAAAGUACGCGAAUAGUUGUGUAUUUACUCAUGAACUAGAGUGAAUGACGUUCAAACAAAGCAAGAAGCGCCAACCUCAAAUGAUCCAAUCACGAUUGAGUAUUUACAAUCUGGCCAAUGAGAAACGGACUUUUGUCUCGCGAGUUUUAUCCAAUCAGGGCAACCCGGCUGUCGCUAUAAAGUCUGAUGCACCGUCUUUCCGUCAUUCAAACAGGAGUUUACUCGCAUAGUGACUGACUGAAAGCAGGGAAAGAUGGCAAGAACCAAGCAAACCGCUCGUAAAUCUACCGGAGGAAAGGCGCCGAGGAAGCAACUCGCUACCAAGGCUGCCCGAAAGAGCGCCCCUGCUACCGGCGGCGUGAAGAAGCCUCACCGUUACAGACCCGGGACUGUGGCUUUGAGAGAGAUCCGCCGCUAUCAGAAAUCCACCGAGCUGCUGAUCCGCAAGCUGCCUUUCCAGCGACUGGUCAGAGAAAUCGCUCAGGAUUUCAAGACCGACCUGCGCUUCCAGAGCUCCGCUGUGAUGGCGCUGCAGGAGGCUAGCGAGGCUUACCUGGUCGGGCUCUUUGAGGACACCAACCUUUUGAUAUUUGCUUCUGCUGUUGUGAAGAUGUCUGGACGUGGCAAGGGAGGUAAAGGACUCGGGAAAGGAGGCGCUAAGCGUCACCGCAAAGUGCUCCGUGAUAACAUCCAGGGCAUCACCAAGCCUGCUAUCCGCCGCCUGGCUCGCCGCGGAGGAGUGAAGCGAAUCUCCGGGCUGAUCUAUGAGGAGACCCGCGGGGUGCUGAAGGUGUUCCUGGAGAAUGUGAUCCGGGAUGCCGUCACCUACACUGAGCACGCCAAGAGAAAGACCGUCACCGCUAUGGAUGUGGUGUACGCGCUGAAGCGCCAGGGGCGCACUCUCUACGGGUUCGGGGGCUAGAGAUCUGGACACGAAACACGAACACAAAGGCUCUUUUAAGAGCCGCCCACCGUUUCUUUUAAGGAGCUUUGAAUUACAAAACAAACUACACUUUGUAAGCCAGUAAAUUGCUUAAAAGGGGGAAAAACAUGUUUUUAUCAAGAAUCUUUUACGUUGUAGUCGACGAGGGUUUUGGUUUCAGUGGUUUUUAUUUAUUUUUAGCUAGCUAUCGGUGACGUGUUUUAUUACUCUUAGACCUAUUUCACGCUGUGUUUCUGGAUCAUUUUUUUAGUUUAAACUACUUUGUUAGAUUUCUGUAGCCCCUAAACACCGAUCUGGAUCAAUAAUUUAAUUGAACAAGUCUAUUGAAUGCAACAAAAUAAAAGUAACCCUUAGUGUUAACAAUGAUUAAAUACGAGCUCAGUUA